UUCUUCACUGAACUAUCUUUUGUAACAAAUGAGUCACUCGACUUUACCUAAAUAACACAUCAAAUUAUUAUUUGUAACCAAAAAGUUAGUCUGACUUUGCUGAAGUAUCGCGGAAAGCCACUUGGAGGGACACAAAUCCGAGUUAAUGACAGUGAGCAUAAUAUUAAGUGUAUGAUACACAUAUGCAAAGUUAGUAAUUUUUUUAGUUAUGAAAAAAAUUGUUCAGUAACUGACCGUGAUACUAGAAAAAGAAGUCAUGACAAAUUAUAUUUUAGUGAUGUUGGUGCACUUAAAGUGACUGUUGAGUGACCAUCCAUUGAAAAGUUGAAAUUACUCCACCAUGGCUGUUUGUAUAUAAAGGAGGCUCUGUCAAAGUAGGAAAACACAAGUAGAGAGUUCGAAACCAUGGAGAUACGAGUACCUCUUCUCAUGUUUUCUUGGUUUCUUUUGCGUCUUUCUUUGUUUUUGGGAACCUCAGCACAAAGGUCUACUUAUAUAGUCCAUCUGGACAAAUCUUUUAUGCCUAAAAUCUUUGCUAGUCACCGCAAUUGGCAUUCUUCCAUUGUUGAUACCAUCAAGGUUGAAGUUCCCACUACACAAAAUGGCCACCAUCCAGUUCCAAAGCUUCUUUAUUCUUAUGACAAUGUGCUUCAUGGCUUCAGUGCUGUUUUGUCCAAAGAUGAAUAUGAGGCUCUCAAGAAGUCACCAGGCUAUCUUUCAGCUUACAAAGACAGACCUGUUGAAGCUCACACAACUCACACCUCUGAGUUUCUUAAGCUCAAUCCUGCUUCUGGGCUAUGGCCAGUUUCUGGUUUUGGUCAAGAUGUUAUCAUUGGUGUACUUGAUUCUGGUGUGUGGCCUGAAUCUGCCAGUUUCAGAGAUGAUGGAUUAUCUGAAAUUCCCAAAAAGUGGAAAGGAAUUUGCAAGCCAGGAACAAAGUUUAAUUCUUCAAUGUGCAACAGGAAACUCAUUGGAGCGAAUUAUUUCAAUAAGGGGAUUUUGGCUGAUGAUCCUAGUGUGAAAAUUAAAAUGAAUUCUGCAAGGGAUACUGAAGGUCAUGGCACGCAUGUUGCCUCCAUUGCUGCCGGUAAUUUUGCUAAGGGAGUUUCAUAUUUUGGAUAUGCUCCUGGAAUAGCAAGAGGUAUGGCGCCACGAGCUAGGAUAGCUGUGUAUAAGUUUAGUUUUGAUGAAGGGACCUUCACUUCUGAUCUAAUUGCUGCUAUGGACCGAGCUGUCGCAGAUGGUGUUGACAUACUGACCAUUUCCUAUGGGUGGGUUGACAUUCCAUUGUACCAAGAUUCUAUCGCGAUAGCUUCUUUUGGUGCCAUGAUGAAGGGUGUCUUAGUCUCUGCUUCAGCUGGAAAUAGUGGUCCUGAAAUUGGAACUUUAAACAAUGGAGUCCCCUGGAUAUUUACCGUGGCAUCAUGCAAUAUAGACCGAUCAUUUUCCGGGUCUUUAACUCUUGGGAAUGGCUUAAAGAUUACUGGAUUUAGCUUGUUUCCAGUGAGAACCAUCAUCAAGGAAUUGCCUGUGCUUUACAACAAAAGUAUAUCUCCUUGUGAUUCAUCUGACCUAUUAUCCCAAGUUCCUAAUGCUGGACGUAGCAUCAUGAUUUGUUAUAGCAAUGCAGUAGAAGUAGAGGAACAAAUGGCGGCUAUCUCAGAGUCAAGAUUUGGAGGAGCCAUCUAUGUUUCUGAUGAUCCAGAUGUAUUGUCAUCCAAUUUUUUUCCCAAUCCUGGAGUAGUGAUUAGCACCAAGGAAGGGAAACAAGUGAUAGACUAUGCAACCAAAAGUGUUAGACCUAAAGCUACCAUCAGUUUCCAGGAAACGUAUAUUGAUGUAAAGCCUGCUCCGAUGGUUUCUGAAUUUUCCUCGAGAGGCCCCUCUCGGAGCUAUCUGCGAGUUGCAAAGCCAGAUAUUCUGGCACCAGGAGUGUUAAUUUUAGCAGCCUGGCCAUCCAACGUUUCAGCUGCAGUUAUUGGUGUCAAUACAUUUUUGGAUAGUGAUUACCGUCUUUUAUCAGGUACUUCCAUGGCUGCUCCUCACAUUGCUGGAAUCGCUGCAAUGCUGAAAGGAGCACACCCUAAUUGGAGUCCUUCAGCUAUUCGAUCUGCCAUGAUAACCACUGCCAACCCUUUGGAUAAUACUGAUAAGCCCAUCAAAGCUGCGGAUGAUAAGAAAGAUGCCACAUCAUUAUCCAUGGGAGCCGGACUCGUUGAUCCAAACCAUGCAGUUGAUCCAGGCCUGAUAUAUGAUGCCACUCCACAGGACUAUGUGAACCUUCUCUGCUCCAUGAAUCUUACAGAAACGCAAUUCAAAACAAUUGCUAGAUCAUCAGCUAAGCACAAAUGCUCAAAUCCAUCCGAUGAUAUUAAUUAUCCAUCAUUUAUUGCCUUCUUUAGCCCAAAUGGUAACUACACUUGGUUGGAGCACAAAUUCAGGAGGACAGUCACAAAUGUUGGAGCUGGUGCGGCUAAGUAUAAAGCAACAGUGAGAGCACCAAACAACUCGAUAAUUUCUAUCUCUUCUCAGACCUUGGUGUUUCAGAAGAAAAAUCAGAAGCAGGACUAUACUCUGACCAUACGCUACAAAGGCAUUGCAGAAGACAAAGCACAAUCUGGUUCAAUCACUUGGGUGGAAGACAACGGUCAUCACACCGUUAGAAGUCCUAUAGUAGUAGCUCCAGAGAUUUAUGUCUGGACCUGAAAUGCUGCAGCUGACAAAGCUGUUUCAUUUGUAAUUUUGUAACUGUCAAAGAGAGUUCUGUUUAACUAGGUGGAAGGAUGCUGGAAAAGCACAGAUAUCACCAUGAAGUAUACAUCCACUUAUUCAACUUCAGGAGAAUCUAUGGCGCAUAAAAGAUGCAGGCUAGUACAACUAAAAAUUCUAAUCCUGCUUGUUGUAAAGAGCCCCAGGAUAUGGAAGAAAAGAUUUUCCUGGACCUAUACUGGGAAAUUCAUGGUAUUUUCCCUUUUAGAGCCAGAAAAAAAAAAACAGUCUGUUGAUGUAAAGAAGUGUUAAACUGACAAGUGAGAGGGAAAGGGCUUUUUGUCUAUAGAAUAAGAGCAUUGAGUUGAACUUUUUUGCCUUAGGCAACAAAUGAUAUGUUAAUGAACUUCUACAUGAGGAAAUUAGAAAAUCUGUAGUGCCUACGACUCUAUUGCUUCUUUGUAUUCCAGACAUUUAUUACAAGCAGAGCUCCACCAAAACAGAAAACCAAUGAA